AUGCCUGAAGCUUAUAGAAAGCAUUCUACUGGCACAACAUUUCUUGCAUUCAACACCACCACCACCACCACUACCACCGCUACUGCUACUACUACCAAAAAUAAGCAAGAAGAAGAAAUAUAUACAUGUCAUUUUUAUUAUAAAUAUUUUAUGCGUGAAAAUCCAUUACCUGGACCACUUCCGUUACCCUUUGUUGGAAAUAUUAUAGAUCGUGGUUUCGAUGAAUUUGAUGAAUAUACUGAACGAAUGCAAAAAAAAUAUGGAUUAGAUGAAUUAGACGUGGCAGGAAAAGGAAUAGCAUUAAAUCAUAAUGUAAAUGUUUGGAAAUUUAACCGACAUUUUAUCUCUAGAGCUUUACUUACACCAAGUUUUUCUAAAUAUUCAGUAAUUUGGACACAAAAUUUGGUUGAAGAAAUGAUGGAUUAUUGGAAAGAUGGAGAAGAUGAUGAUGGAAAUUUUAAAACUAAUAUUGUAGAAUGGUCUCAUAGGUUUACAACAGAUUCAAUUACUCAUUUCACUACAGGAAUGAGAGUUCACACUAUUGAAGCACAUUAUAAUGAAUUAUUAUUAUCUAGAAAUAAAAAACCAAGAAAAUCUGUUAAUGAUUUAAAGGAUGCUACAAAGUUUUUUAAAAGUAUUAAAACUUUAAUUAUUGGAGUUUAUUUCUUUAUUAUAGUUCCGCCUUUCAUUAGAAAAUAUUUUCCUUUUUUAAGUAAUGAAAAUAAAAAACAUUUACAAAAUCGGGAUUGGUUGUUUAGUAAAAUUGAUGAACUCAUUAAAAGUAGAAGAAGAGAAAUUGAAUAUACACCUUUAAAUCAACCAUUAAGAUUUGAUAUGUUAACCUCGAUGUUAACCGCUUAUACUGAUCGAGAUAUUUGUGAAGUGAAAUAUUAUGAUGAAGAAUAUACAAGCAGACCAUUAACUGAUGAAGAAGUUCGCGGGAAUUUAUGGGAGACAUUUGUUGCAGGAAUUGAUACGACUGCCAAUUUAUUUACUUUUGUUGUUUACUUUUUGGACAAAUAUCCAAAUGUUUUAAGAAAACUUCGAGAUGAAUUGGAUUUAUUCUUUAAAAAAUUAGGUGAUCAUCGCUUAGAUUUAGAUUGUUUAUCACAACUUGUUUAUACUGAAGCAAUAAUUAAAGAGAUCUUUAGAAUAUAUACACCAGCACCUUACACUGCACGAAAUAGUACCGCAGAGGAUGUUGUGGCAGGUCUCGUAUGGCCCGAAGGAACACAAUAUAUUAUAAAUAUUCAUGGCGUAAAUAAUAAUGAAGUAUAUUGGGAUGAACCUGAAAAAUUCAAUCCUGAAAGAUGGUUUAAUAACCAAAAAAGUGAAAAGUUAAUGCCUCAUGUAGUAUUUGGUGGGGGUCGUAGAGUUUGUCCUGGUAGGAAAUUGUCUUAUAUUGAACUUAAAUGUAUGAUAGCUUUAAUAUAUCAUAAAUUGGAUAUUGAAUUAGUAGUUAAAGAUACUCCUUUGAAAACUAAAUUUGUGCUUAUUAGAGCGUUCCCUGAAUUGAAUGUUCGAAUUAAACCUAGACAAAAUAAUAUUUAA